AUGGAGCUGUUGAUCUCCGAAAUCUUCGUUUUCCCUCGGAGCACUGACGACAGGGCUUCAAGGGGAACCCUGGCCUGCUGCUGUGGCUCUGCCGGCUGCUCCCUGUGCUGCGGCUGCUGCCCCAAGAUCCGACAGUCCCGGAGCACGCGCUUCAUGUACGCGCUCUACUUCAUCCUCGUCGUCCUGCUCUGCUGCGUCAUGAUGUCCAGGACCGUGGCUAAUGAGAUGAAAGAGCGUAUUCCUUUUUACGAAGAUAUUUGUAAAGGCAUUAAAGCUGGUGACACCUGUGAGAAGCUGGUGGGAUAUUCAGCAGUGUACAGAGUCUGUUUUGGAAUGGCCUGUUUCUUUUUCAUCUUCUGCCUCCUGACCUUGAAAAUCAACAGCAGCAAAGGUUGUAGAGCCCACAUUCACAAUGGCUUUUGGUUCUUUAAACUUCUGCUGCUGGGGGCCAUGUGCUCAGGAGCUUUCUUCAUUCCAGAUCAGGAGACCUUUCUGAAUGCCUGGCGCUAUGUGGGAGCCAUCGGGGGCUUCAUCUUUAUAGGCAUCCAGCUCAUCCUGCUCGUGGAGUUUGCACAUAAAUGGAACAAGAACUGGACUGCAGGCACGGCCACCAACAAGCUGUGGUACGCCGCUCUGGCCCUCGUGACACUCAUCAUGUACUCCAUUGCUGCCGGAGGCCUGAUUCUGAUGGCGGUGUUUUAUACACAGAAGGACGGCUGCCUGGAAAACAAAAUUCUCCUGGGGCUGAACGGGGGCCUGUGUCUGCUCAUUUCAGUGGUAGCCAUCUCACCGUGCGUCCAAAAUCGACAGCCCCAUUCUGGGUUGCUACAGUCAGGGCUCAUAAGCUGCUACGUGAUGUAUCUCACUUUCUCGGCGCUGUCCAGCAAACCCGUAGAAGUAGCUCUAGAUGAGCAUGGGAAGAAUGUGACGAUCUGUGUGCCAGACUUUGGUCAGGACCUGUACAGAGAUGAAAACUUGGUUACUGGACUAGGUACCACUCUCUUGUUCAUGUGCAUCUUAUAUUCAUGCUUGACAUCGACGACAAGGUCAAGUUCUGAUGCUCUGCAGGGGCGAUACGCAGCUCCUGAACUGGAAGUAGCCCGGUGUUGUUUUUGCUUCGGCCCCGAUGGAGAAGACACUGAAGAACAGCAGAAUGUGAAGGAGGGACCACGGGUCAUUUAUGAUGAGAAGAGAGGCACUGUCUAUAGUUACUCCUAUUUCCACUUCGUGUUCUUUUUGGCUUCCCUCUAUGUGAUGAUGACCGUCACCAGCUGGUUCAACUAUGAAAGUGCCAACAUCGAAACCUUCUUCAGUGGAAGCUGGUCCAUCUUCUGGGUCAAGAUGGCCUCCUGCUGGAUGUGUGUGCUGUUAUACCUGGGGACCCUGGUCGCUCCCCUCUGCUGUCCCUCUCGCCAGUUCUCUGUGUGA